ACGAGGCUCCCCCCCCCGCCUUCCAGCGGCCGCGCAUGCGUCCAGGCUCCUAUUCCGGGCCGUUUCAUCACAAAGCGGUGGCCGUCGGCGGCCUGCGCGGGUCUCUUUUUCGGGAUUGCGGUGGUGCAGCUGGCCGGGCAGCCCGGUUGGUGCACGGCGGCCAGGAUGCCUCAGAGGCCCGGAGGGGAGGAUGAAGUGGCGGCGGUGGAGGAGGAGCUUUCCCAGCACCUGCGCUCGGUGAACACGCGAGAGCCCUGCCAGGUUAUUUUCUGCAACCGCUCCCCUCGCUCGGUGAGCCCCGUCUGGCUGGACUUCGAGGGGAAGCCGCGCCCUUAUCCCACCCUGAAGCCCGGCACGGGCCGCCGCAUGCACAGCUACCUAGAACAUCUUUGGUUGUUCAGAGAUGCUGGAACAGAUGAUAGUCUUCUUGUUAACCAGGCAGAACUGUUUGUGGCUACUCGAAAUGUGAAUGGACAACCUAUAUUUGCAAAUAUUACAUUACCAGUGUUUACCCUGAAAGAAAGAUGUCUUCAAGUUGUCCGUACUUUAGUGAAGCCAGUAGACUACCGGAAAUUAGACAUUGUCCGGUCUUUAUACGAAGACCUAGAAGACCGUCCAGACAUUGGGAAGGAUCUUAAGCGACUUUCUCUGGAAAGGAGUAGGAGGUUAAGGAAUGGAGUCUCUGACUGAGAUGAAGGGUCAUAACUUGGAAAAUUUACUUUAUUGACAAAUUGUUGACCAUAAGAGGCAUUAACUAUACUUUGUGAACUGAAAAGACAUUGACCUUUGAUAGUUUUCUAAAGCAGAGCUUUCUGUUACUUUCCACAUGUGACUUCACUGCCUGGAGACAGCCAUACUCAUGGGACGUUGCAAUGAAGUGCUACCAUCCUACAUUUGAAAAUACUUAGUGAACCCUAUCUUGGCUAAAACUACACAAAUAGUUUUUUUAAAUAUUGGAUCAUGUAUAAACACGCCCAGAUGUCAAUACAGUGGAAGAUGAAGUGUUAGUAAUGCUGGUUUUGUAUGGUUCCGUACUUGUUUAAAAUAAUUUUGUUACAGCAGACAAAACACUGAUGUAUUGUAAUCAGAGGUUUGAAAAAACAAUUCUCAUAUGGGACCAUAAUUUAUCUUCAGUAUUGUCGUUCACCCUGUACUGAUGACAUAGAUGAAAUAAAAGAGGUUAGCAUUCUGGA